UUGAGUGUACUCAACACCGUAGUAUACACCGUGGUCAGACUACAGUCACUGGACUUCCCGGAGGACUUCAGAAAGAUUAUGAGGAUAAACUUACAAUGUUUUGAUAGAAACCACCUAUUCGAAAAUUAAAAAAAUGGGUAGAAAGGAUAAAGGAGAUCGGGACAAGAAGUCCAAAAAGCGUGUCUAUGAGGAGGAAGAAGAUGAAGAAGAGGCAGGGGGCAGUGAGUCUCAGGAGGCCAUUCCUGCUGCUGCAGGGAAACAAGUGGAUGUGUCCAGUACAAAACUUGAUGAAUAUGGAGCCAAAGAUUACCGUAUUCAGAUGAUGCUGAAGAAUGAUAACACUUCGCGCCCCCUCUGGGUGGCUCCAGAUGGACACAUCUUUCUUGAAGCCUUCUCACCAGUGUACAAGUACGCACAGGAUUUCAUGGUGGCAAUUGCAGAGCCAGUCUGCAGGCCUAAUCAUAUCCAUGAGUACAAGCUGACGGCCUAUUCCCUGUAUGCAGCGGUCAGUGUGGGGCUGCAGACCUCUGAUAUUGUGGAGUACAUGCAGAAACUCAGCAAGACCUCUGUACCUGAAGGCAUCAUUCAGUUCAUUAAGCUCUGCACUGUGAGCUAUGGAAAAGUGAAGCUGGUACUCAAGCACAACAGGUAUUUUGUUGAGAGUGCCUUCCCUGAUGUGAUCCAGCGCCUUCUGCAGGACACUGUGAUCCGUGAAUGUCGUCUCCGCACUGCAGACGGAGCGGACACCGAGCUUAUAACUGAAGUUAUUCGCAGCAAGUCAGCAAUUUCCAAGUCUAUUGAGGAAAAGGGGGAUCCGUCGACCUCACAGCAACCCAGCGACGGACAAACUUCUACCCAGCAGGUGCCUGAAGACAUCUUUAGCUACUAUGAGCAAAUGGAUAAAGAAGAAGAAGAGGAGGAAGAGACUCAGACUGUGUCUUUUGAGCUUCGCCAGGAGAUGAUUGAAGAGCUGCAGAAGCGUUGCAUUCAGCUAGAGUACCCCCUCCUAGCAGAGUACGACUUUCGCAAUGAUACAUUCAACCCCGACAUCAACAUAGACCUGAAGCCCACCGCUGUGUUGAGGCCCUACCAGGAGAAGAGUCUGCGCAAGAUGUUUGGGAAUGGACGGGCUCGCUCUGGGGUCAUCGUGCUGCCCUGCGGAGCGGGUAAAUCUCUGGUGGGCGUGACCGCAGCGUGCACGGUGCGUAAACGCUGCCUGGUGUUGGGGAACUCCUCCGUGUCAGUGGAACAGUGGAAAGCUCAGUUCAAGAUGUGGUCCACCAUCGAUGACUCUCAGAUCUGCCGCUUCACUUCCGACGCCAAGGACAAACCCAUUGGCUGCUCAGUGGCCAUCAGCACCUACUCCAUGCUGGGUCACACCACCAAGCGCUCCUGGGAGGCGGAGAGGGUCAUGGAGUGGAUGCGGAGCCAGGAGUGGGGACUCAUUAUCCUCGAUGAGGUGCACACCAUCCCUGCCAGGAUGUUCCGUCGUGUUCUAACCAUCGUCCAGGCACAUUGCAAAAUGGGGCUCACUGCCACACUGGUCAGGGAAGACGACAAGAUUGUGGAUCUGAACUUCCUUAUUGGGCCUAAACUGUUUGAGGCCAACUGGAUGGAGUUACAGAACAAUGGCUACAUUGCCAAAGUCCAGUGUGCAGAGGUGUGGUGCCCAAUGUCUCCAGAGUUCUACAGAGAGUAUGUGGCCAUCAAGACAAAGAAGCGCAUCCUGUUUUAUACGAUGAACCCCAAUAAGUUCCGCGCUUGCCAGUUUCUCAUUCAAUUCCAUGAGCGGCGAAACGAUAAGAUCAUGGUCUUUGCUGACAACGUGUUUGCCUUGAAGGAGUACGCUAUCCGCCUCAACAAGCCCUACAUCUACGGUCCAACCUCUCAGGGGGAACGAAUGCAGAUUUUACAGAACUUCAAACACAACCCCAAGAUAAACACCAUAUUCAUCUCGAAGGUUGGAGACACUUCCUUUGACUUGCCCGAAGCCAAUGUUCUGAUCCAGAUCUCCUCCCAUGGUGGAUCCCGCAGACAGGAGGCUCAGAGGCUGGGCAGAGUCUUACGAGCUAAGAAAGGAAUGGUAGCAGAGGAGUACAAUGCAUACUUCUACUCACUAGUGUCCCAGGACACCCAGGAGAUGGCUUACUCCACCAAGAGGCAGAGGUUCCUGGUGGACCAAGGUUACAGCUUUAAGGUGAUCACAAAGCUAGCAGGUAUGGAGGAGGAGGACCUGAUGUUCUCCUCCAAAGAGGAGCAGCAGCAGCUUCUCCAGAAGGUCCUGGCUGCUUCAGACCUGGAUGCUGAGGAGGAGUUGGUGGCAGGGGAGCUGGGCGGACGACCACAGUUCUCAAGGCGAACCGGCACCAUGAGCUCCAUGUCGGGUGCAGAUGACACCGUCUACAUGGAAUAUCAGGGUCGAGGCAGCAAAUCCUUCUUAGGAAAGAACAUUCAUCCACUGUUCAAGCGCUUCAGAAAGUAGAUGCACUGACUUUAACCCUGAUGCCCAAAGACUGACUCAGUGUCAACAAAGCCAUAGGAUAAAGUUGGGUUGUAAUAAUGUUAACUGAGUCUCAGCACCAGGCUGUAAGCAGCAGGUUCAGAUCAUUGUUGCAUAGUCCAGCCUUUUUGGAGAACAGAAUAAGUACUGUGUAUUACUUUUUUCUGGCAGAUGGUGAUGAUGGUUGAAAUUACUCAUACAUCUGGUUUAAAACACAGCAAAUGCAGCCUGCAUGGCUCUAUUUUUCUAUGUGAUACAUUUGAAAGUCUCAAAUACCUACAUGGGAAGACAAUUGCAGGUGAAAUGCAUUGCUAACUAUGUCCCAAAGUGUCAUUUAUUUUUCAUUGUUGUGUUGCGUUUCACUGAUUUGGCUUUUAAGCUACAUUUCACAGCACUUGAAGGCUUUGACUUGCUGUUUGCAGUAGAUUUCAGCUGCAAAUGUCUGUGGAUAGGAUGUGUGGGCUGGGGAAUGACAGAUGUGAAGUCAGCGCUAUGUGAGAUAACCUGUGUCUUACCCACUGUUUGUGUGUGCUUCACUGACAGACACUGAGGAGGAAAACUAUGGAUGUAUAUCGGACUUGUGUUUAUACAUUUUUUUGUAAAUAUGGCUUUACCUUACUUGUAAAAGACAUCACAAAUGUUUAUUAAACAGUUCCUGAUGUUAAUGUA